CAGUCAGUAAAGUAGUACUAUCAGACACAGUAAGACCUAGUACUACUACUAUUUAGUUAAUUGUGGCAUCCAAUACACCAAGUAGUAUUGUAUUUCCAUAUCAUCCCAACACCACACCUAGUAUCCACCACAACGCACAGCUUUCAAUCCCAUUUCCAUUCCUAACCACCACUAGAUAACUUCACUAAUCCCACAAACAACAAGCAGUAUCUCAAAUCCCGUCCUAACACCUAUAUCCGUCGUCAUCCACCCGUGCCAACCAAGAAUCUCCAACCCCGAAAAUCUUCGGACUUCCCGACCACUCUCCGAAGCAGCAACCAACUAUAUAAUUACUAGCUACUACUACUCCUUGACCUGGACGUCACCACCACCACCAAUCCAAUCCAAUCAUUCACUACAACUUUCCUAGUACAAUCCAUUUACUACCACUGCACCUCACCCACCUCAAUAACUAUGUCUACUCCCACACCCACACCCAAACCCAUAACCUUCCCCUCCUCCACACACACCCUCUCCGCGCACCUCUACCACCACCCCCCAACCAACUCCUCCACCACCACCCUAACCCCCGCCAUAAUCCUCUCACACCCCAUGACCGGCGUCAAAGAACAAACCACCACUCUCUACGCCACCCACCUCCACCUCGCAGGCUUCACAACCCUCACCUUCGACGCCGCCUACCAAGGCACCAGCACCGGCACCCCCCGGGGCCUCGAAGACCCCUUCCAGCGCGUCGAGGACAUCAAGUCCGCAGUGACGUAUCUCUCGACCUCUGUCCCGGGGGUAGACAUUACGCGGAUCGGCGUGCUGGGCAUCUGCGCGUCGGGCGGGUACGUCUGUUUCGCUGCGGCGGGUGACCUGCGGAUUAAGGCCGUGGCGACGGUGUCGGCGGCUUGUGUUGGGGGGAUGUGUAAGUGUGGUGGGGUGGGGAGGGGAUUAUUGGAGAGGGAGGAGGUGAUUGGGGGGGUGUUGGGGGGUGCGGCUGGGGAGAGGAAUAGAAGGAUUAUGAAUGGGGAUGGGGAAGAGGCGCCGAAGAUGUUUGAUGCGGAGAAGGUGUUGCGGAUGGUGCAGGACGGAGGAGAUAAUGUUGAUAAUGUGGACUCGUUUUUCGCUGCAGCGGCGGAGUAUUAUGGAACUAGCAGGGGGAGACAUGAACGGUCGACGCAGAGGGUUCCCCUGCAGAGUUAUGAUCGGAUGGUGGUGUAUGAUUCGUUUGCGUUUAUGCGGUUGAUUGCGCCGAGGCCGGUGUUGAUGAUUGCUGGGGAGGAGGCGGAGACGUUGCAUUAUAGCGAGGAGGCGGUGCGGUUGGCGAGGGAGCCCAAGGAGUUGUUUGUUGUGCCUGGGAUGGGCCAUUUUGAUUUGUAUGAUCGGUUGGAGGUGUCGGGGCCCAAGCUGGUGCGGUUUUUUAGGGAGGCUUUGGCUUGAUACCUGUGCUAUACUGUGCUGUGCUGUGCUGAGGAUACGGAUGGGAGGGGGAUGAUGAAGAAGGAAAAGGCAAAUAGUAUAUGACCAUUGAUAAAAACAUGAGAUCAGACUCCGUUAACUCUUUGAUGUUUUGCCUGCAUCCCCGAAUGUUCCUUUUUUUGCCAAUGUCCCCAAAAAACACAUGAAACGCAGUAAGACACAAAAAUCAAUCAACCUUUUCCAUACCCAAACUAAAAAGCCCAGUUGCUGAACAAAACCCGCACGUUUCGGCCGAACUCGCAACCAGACCCG